AUGGGAGUGUCAUUAGGUUGUGUAUCCAGAGAGGGCAAAGAUAUGGGAGAAUAAGCUGACUAGUCCAAUCUAGAACCUAAAGAAUAGACAAUCGUCUUUUCGCGAAUUGUCCAUGUAAACAAGGUGGAUAUAAUUAGGAGGAAAUAAGAUCUACUAAAGAAAUUGAAUGAAAAUUAAGAGCAGUAAGCGUUUAUUGUAAUCAAUAAUGAGUACAAUGCAAUUGAUGAUAAUUUGAUUGCAGAAUUAGACACUAGCAGAAGUUAGAUAUAAUACUAACAUGAUCUUUAAAGACCCUCGAGUGAGCAAUUUUUUGUGAAGAAACGCUUAAAUCUAAUACCUUCACAGCGAUAACAAGAGAUAAAUGAUACAAUUUAAGAGGAUGAAAGUAUAUAUUUGAGCGAAAUAAGCAGAUAAAAAAGACCUUAGGUAGAAAUUAUUGCUCCUAAUAAUAAUACCUUAUAAGUUGAAGAUAUCUUUCACAGAAGGAAUAUCAAGAAAAAAGUAACAUAUCAAAGUGGUAUUUCAAGAGUAACUGCAGGAAGCUAAAAGAGUAGGAUACAUUUAGCAUAUUUUUUUGCUUCUCCAUUGGUGAUAGAAGCUGAGAGGAGAAAAUACAAAGAAGAUCUACUUGAAGAUAUAAGCUUUAAGGAAGAAUUUGAACAGAUCAUCAAAAGUUUACAAUCAGAUGACUAUGAAAUCAAAUAUCUAUUUGAGAAAGCAACAAAAACUAAUGUAACAGAGAAUCUUAAUAAAAGACCGUUAGCAUUUCACUUUUCUGGACACGGAUUACUAAAUAAAAAAGAGGUCUUUAAAAAAUUUAGUGAUGUAAAUAAUUACUACAAAACUUAAUGCGAAAACAAAGGUGAUGUCUUGGUGUUUGAAGGCGAGGAUGGUGGGAACUCAGAUUUCUUUUUUCAAGAAGAUAUGGAAAAGUUGCUUGGUACUAAAGAAACAAAUUUUAGAUUUGCAGUAAUAGCAUCUUGCCAUUCAAAGGAGAUUGGUGAAAUCUUCAAAAAAAAUGGUUCGCAACAUACAAUUUGUAUUUAGAGAGAAUAAGCUCUAAAUGAUGAAGCUGCGAUAAGAUUUUCGAGAAUAUUCUAUUAGAAGGUAUUUUGUAGUGACUGCACUAUAUGUAGAGCUUACCAUGACACAAUAGACUUACUAAAAAAAGAAGUAAGAUAUCCUGAUGAAUGGAAAAAGUACAAUCUAUUAGUUUAAGAUGGCCACGUUUGUAGAGAAUACAUAGACUGCCUUAAAAAUGAAUUGAACGAAGGAUACGUAUUACCACUUUUUGCACAUUGCCAUAAAAUUUUGCCUCCUAUUGUACUCAAUUGGGUUCCUAGAAACGCUGAUGCAUAUCAAUUAUACUUGAAAAUUAUCAAUAAAAACAGUAAAAUAAUACAAGUUUUUGGCAAACCAGGAGUUGGGAAAUCUGCCCUCGCUUCAAAAGUUUCUCAUUAUCUUUUCGAUAGAAAUAUCUUUACUCAUGGUGUGAUAUAUGCCAAUCUAUCUGAGUAUAAAGAUGUAAGGAAAGCUAUGGCAUACCUGUUAGAAGUAAUGGAUUAAAGUACCUCAAAAAUCUCAAAUUAUGCUAGAAUAGGAACUUCUUAUUGUUCAAAUAAAAGAGAUAUAGAUUUGAAAAUUAGAGCAUUCAUCAAGAGGAAUGAAUGUAUUUUGAUAAUUUUAGAUAAUCUUGAUGGCAUAAUUGCUCUUGAGAAUGAAAAAAAAGAACUAUAAGAAACACUAAAUAAAAUACUCUAAGAUCAAAAUAAGACAAAAGUUCUCUUCACAGCAAAUUAGGGAAUGAGUGAAUUGCAUGGAUAUUAUAUUUUCCACUUAAAAGAAAUGUCUUAAAAAAAGGCAUGUAAUCUAUUCAUAAAGAAAAUACCUUCAUAAGAAUCUAUGAGAUAGUUCUUAACUUUGGAAACAAUGUAGGAUUUAAAUGAAUUCACUAAAAGAGAUUAAAAUGUUGUUAGAGCAUCUUAAAUCAUACUUAAAAAUUACACGUAACUAAAAUUAUGCACAAAGGAAAAGUGUUUAUCGAAAGCUCAUAAAAAUAAUGGUUCCUAAAUUCCAAACUUGGAUUGUAUUUAUGCUUAUUUAGAACAGCAUCCAAUAUUUGACAUAUUAAACUAACCAUUGAGUAUCUGCCUUGUAGCAUCAAGAAUGAAUUCAAAAGAAGUGUAGAUUAAAGAUAUAUAUGAAAAGUUGCUAACUCCGAAUAGAAUUGAGAUGAAGAACGAUGCUCUUCCUAUAAGUAUCUUAGAUAGUUUGGAAUAUCUGAAAAAGAAGGAUGUGAACGUUAUUGAGAUCUUGUAGUUUAUCUAAGAAACAGAUAGUGGUCUAACGAUGGAGGAUUUACAAAAUCUUUUCGCUAAUGUUGCUAGUACGAUUCCAGACUUAUUGACAGAUCUAGAAUAGAUGUCCAUGAUUUAAAUGGAUCAGGAAACGGGAGAGUACUCAGUUCAAAAUAUCAUUAGUAAGCUAAUUGCUCUCAAAAUUGAGGGAGAUGAAAAAGCAAAGAGAACAUACAAUACAAUUCUUGCGAGACAUUAUAUUAGUAAUUAUGAGAUUCAGAAAAAAAUGAUUCAUGAUUAAUAAAGAAAGCCUAACUAUGAAGAUUUAAUGAUUAUGCAUGAUUUUUAUCGUAAAAACAUACUCAAAUGCCUGUAUUAUUUGAUUUCAAUUCAAGAUAGAUUAGCUGGGGAAUAAUCAUUUAGAGGUUCCGAUUAGGGUCUAAAAGAUGCUAUGAUCAGUUCUACAGCACUCUUCUUGACCACAAGAUCAUAAACUAUAUUCAUGAGUAGAGGGGUCAAUAGAAGAAAAGCUCUCAUUAGAGGAAUUAAUUAAGUUUUGAAUACAAAUGAUAUUACCCCUUACCUCGUCCAAGAUCAAUAUUCUUAAUAGGAAUCAUUAUCUUCUUUAGGUGUACAGGUAGCAGGAUAUUCUAGAUGCGCAACUUCUAUCUCUAGAAAAUUAUCUAAUUCUAGUUCGUUAAAAGAAUAAUUAACAAAAAUAAGAGACGAUCCACAUUUGUAGGAUGAAGUACUAAAAUAGAUUAAUAAAUAAGAAAACUUGAAAAAACAGCAAACAAAUUUAUAAAGAAGUUUGACUAAAUAAUUAGAACCAGUAACCGAGUUACUCUCAUAAGUAAGUGAUUAUGAUCAGGAAGAAGAAAAAGAAGGAGAUAAGCUUGAUGAUUACUAAUACAUAUAAAAUGAAAGUGCCUAUAAUUAGGAAUCGGAUAAAUCAUAUGAAGAGAACUAUGUUAAUACCAAUUAAUAAAAAUUUGAUCGAAGUAAAAUAAAUCCUACUAUCAAUAUAGACAAAUAAUUUGGGAAAACUAUAUCAGAAGCUACACAGCCGAUUCUUUAAUAAAGAAAGUCAGAUGAAGAGGCCAAUUAAAUAGAAGAUAUUCAUAACUUUCUUCAUUAAAAUUCUGAAGAUAGAGAUUCAGCUCUUAGUUUGGGGAAAAAGUAUUAUAAGAAAAUAGAAUAAUAUAUUGAAAAAAUGAUUAAUCAAGAUGAUACAUUGAGUUAAAAACGUUUAAUGGAAUUCUAAAAAUAGAAUGCAUAAGAUUAACCAUCAGAAACAUCUAGCCAGAAUAAAUCGUAAAAAUCAUCGCCUGUAUCUUAAGUAAUGCAACAAAUGUUUAUCAUGAAAAUCAAAGGUAAUACUACAAUUGAUGAUUUGGAUUUCUACUAAAAGACUCUAGAUAAGUUUGAAAAUCUAAAAGAUCAAAUUUAAAUUAAUCCUGAUGAAACAGUUUUGAAUUAUGAAAUGAAUAGACCAUUAAAAUAAUAUGUCUGGGAGGACUAAGAACCAAGACAUGAACAUUAGGGUAGAAAGAAUACAAGGCAGUAAAAUCUCUAAAAUAAAGCAUAAGGGCUAGAUAUUUAGGGAACACCUCCAAAGAAUUCAGCAAAAAAUAAGAACCUUUAAUUAGAACAACAAUUAGAUGGCAUACAGUAUGAAGAAGAUGAUGAAUCUCAACAUGAAUAACAUGAUUACCUUAAAUUUGGUUAAUUAGAACUUAAAUAUCUUCUCUAUCAUUACUUCAGUGUAUCAGCAUUAAAAGGGAUGGACUAAGAAGAAUAUAAGAGUAUGAUCGAAAGCUUUGAUAUAGAUAAAAUGGACGUAAUUUUCUAAUCAAAUAUAGAGUUGAUACAAAUUUGCAUGCUAUUGAAGGAUUAAUAAAGAGAUAAGUAUUCAUAAAUCUUUGAAGAACUGGCUGGAAUUCUAAGGACAUUUAAUAGACAAAAAUCGUAAACUGGAUAAGGAAUAGUUGAAACAUUCAAAAUAGGAUUAAGACUUGUUGACAUAGCUCUAGACAUAUUUACGACUACUGGAGAUGUGGAUGCAAAAACUUAAGCUCACAAUUUGAAAAACAGAAUUAUCAGACAAAUAAAGCAUAAGAUAGAAGCUGAAAUUAACACCAGAAGAAACAAUGGCAGCGUAGAGGAAUUAAAACUGGUACUAAAUAGUGCUUAGCAAAUCAGGACUCAGCAAACUAAUGUGAGUAACAGAACAAGAGGAAUAGUUUAUCAGGAAGCAUAUUAGGAAAAGGAAGAUUAAUUUGAGAGAAUGAAGAUCUUUAAGGAUAAGUUUGAAUUCUUGAAUCUUCUGAUUAAUCCAAUCGACAUUGACAGAAUAUGA